AGAGGAGGGGUGGACUGGAUGGAGGGAUUCACCGGACUGCCCACUGUAACUUCAUCAUCUGUGGAUUCUUACAGGAAAGUGGGAGAGAGGAGAGAGAGAGACGGAAGGAGAGUGGGGUGAACAAGUUGAAAGCGAUAGCAGCCCCCAGUACUGACAUUGGAAAGACAGUGAGAGAAAGAGAGAGAGGGAGAGAGAGAGAGAGAGAGAGCGAAAGAAAGAAAGAAAGAAAGAGCGAGAAAGAGAGAGCAGAAGAGGAGAGAAGGGAAGACGCCUGGCGGUAAGGGAAGGGCGGUGCUCGCUCUUCAGUCCAUCGGAUCUCUCUCAGCCCUACACGGACCCAAUCCUUUGGACCACUCUGUGGUCACUACCUAGACUAAGCUGGACUGGAAAUACUGGACCAAACAAGGCCUGGAUCAUAUUAGUCUGAAUCAGAUCAUACCUGGAUUGAACCAAACCAGAUCUGGACCUGUAUCGAUUGAACUGGACUGGACUAUCUGUUACUGAGAGAAAUAGGGAGGAAUGGUUGGAAAAAAGAUAAAUAAGUGUGAAGAUUGUUCGUAGUGCCUUAGAAAGUGGUGUUUGGUGAAUUAUCAGGGACUUGUCUACAGAUCUGUCAGUUAUAGUAUUGAUUAUAUGGUGGAUUGAUCGAUUAAUUGAUUUGCUGACAGAUCUACACAUAUACUGUGACAAGAUCUAAAAUAAGGAAGGGAAAGGCCUCUAUUUAGGCACGUUGGUAUUAUGUUUCAUUCACAGAGUGGGAAUUUAAGUUCAGAGAAUCCGUGUCUUUAAGUUGGUUGUUCUUAUGUUUCUGUUGAUAUCGUGGGAAAGAUGAGAUGAUCACAGUGAAGUGUAGGAUUUCACUCUCACCACUUCCCUUCUACACACUUUCCUGAGUCAGCAAGUCAGUAAUCGGAUUCACUUCAAUGAUUCAGAGUUUUAAGACACAUCAUGAACUGGAUAUCACAUGGAUACAGCUGAUUGAUGGGAAUUGUCUAAUUCCUACAUGUGUUUUUAUCCAGAGAUCAUUCAGUCCCACAAAUGACAACUCCUAAGAUGAUUGACAGCAUCACUGUGUAGUGAUGCUCUAUCACUGGCUAUCUGUCUGGAUCUUUGAGAACGACUCUGGAGGAAUGACUUCAACUUUAACUUUAGAUCCCUCCUCACCAUCAAAAUAGGCGACCUUUGACUAAACCUCUAUUUUCCCACGCAUCAGAUCUGAAGAGGGCUUUUUUCUGUGUCUACCCACUUUUGGAUAUUUUCCAUUCCAUAAUCGUUUACAUUUAAUAUCCAUUUUGUUGGCCAUUCUCUCAUGCUGCUCAGUGCCUUAUGUUAGUACAACCUGACACGCUUAGCCAAGCCUCAAAGUACCUAGCCUAACUGACUGACUGCUGCAUAGCUUAGCAUCUGUUGUUCAACAACAGCGACUAUUCCUAUCACGAACUUUGCACCUGCUGGAGUCUCUCACGCCAGGCCUCUGUGUGUGGGCUUGCCCUCAGCAGGCUCCCCUUGCCCUCUCCCAGCCAUGGGGAUCCAGAUCCAGGGUAUGGAGCUGUUUGCCAUUGGCGUGGUCAUGAUAAUGUUUGUGGCAGUGCUCAAGGGCUUUGGCAUCCUGGAGCCCAUGUCCUCCUUUGAAGAUGACAGUAGUGAGAUUGAUUUGGAGCUGUCUACGGUUCGUCACCAGCCAGAAGGCUUGGACCAGCUGCAGGUUCAGACCAAGUUCACCAAGAAGGAGCUCCAGUCUCUAUACAGGGGCUUCAAGAACGAGUGUCCCAGUGGUUUGGUUGAUGAAGAGACGUUCAAGACCAUCUAUUCUCAGUUCUUUCCCCAAGGAGACGCCACCACCUAUGCACAUUUCCUGUUCAAUGCGUUUGAUAUGGACAGAAACGGCUCUAUUCGUUUUGAGGACUUUGUGAUCGGCCUGUCUGUUCUUCUGAGAGGGACAGUCACAGAGAAACUCAACUGGGCCUUCAACCUGUACGACAUCAACAAGGACGGAUACAUCACUAAAGAGGAGAUGCUGGCUAUUAUGAAGUCCAUCUAUGAUAUGAUGGGCAGGUACACCUACCCCAGUGUACGGGACGAGGCACCCUCUGAACAUGUGGAUAAGUUCUUCCAGAAAAUGGACAGAAACCGAGAUGGAGUGGUGACCAUUGACGAGUUCAUUGAGACCUGUCAGAAGGUACCACAGUUACAAAACAUUACAGCACAUCUGUACGUUAGCUCAAUUUUGAAAUAAAUAAUAAAAUACAUAGAUGUUGUUAACACUUUACUUGUAGUGGCUAUAACUAAGGCAUUCAUAARACAUUUAUGAAACCAGUCACCUUUAGGAGUGUUGCAGCAUCCUCAGUUACAAACCUUUUCACAUUUAACAAAUUUAUUCAACAUUCAAACAACAUCAAAAGUUUUCAAAAUAAAUACUUUGUUAUCAUUGGAUUAUCACUUGGUAGGCCAUCAUUGUAAAUAAUACUUUG